AUGACUUGUCGCGAUGAACUAUAUACAUGCGUCUCUGGCGGACCUGCAAUGCGUUUCCAAUAUAUCGGUGCGCGAUGGGAGUAUCUCUGCGAAUUGAAAUUUAACCAGUGGGCAGACGCUUACAACCGCCGCGUUGACGAAAUGAUCGCGCAACGAGCGUUCCAUCUAAAGAUUAAUAAGUGGAAAGCAGAAAUGCGGGCUCUUGCUGCCGAGCUGCGAGCACUGAUGCAAGAGUUCAAUGUCUCAGACGACAUGGGCCCAGCUGACUGGGAUGCAGUUGCAGCAGGCCGAGAGCACAAAGUCCAGGCGCUGCUCUCAAAUGCCUUUCCUAGAGAAACCUGGCCGCGGGGCGUGCCAUAUCCUAACUUGAUUGCUAAAUAUCUGCACGAACAGGAUGAGCAACAGCUUCGUGUCGCUUAUAUGAAGCGGUAUGCUGGCCUUGUCCAGGAGAUUGCCAAGCGAGGUGCAGAAACUAUGGCACUGAAGCGUAUCGCGGGCGAUACGACGGAUGGAGUCAGCUGGGAGAAGCCCAUGACUGCGGAGCAGAUCCAGCAUUGGCGCGAGCUACUUCGCGCAGAGAGAGAAUCCGAAGCCAAAUGGGCAAAGCUCGAGGCAGACAUUCACCAAAGGAUUAUCGUCCUGCUCCAGGGGCCUGCACAGGGUGAGCAAUGGGAUGUGCCCACUUGGGCUAUCAACCUUCUCCAAACCUCAGGUUUGACCGUAUCGUGCGAAGCGAAGGUUCGAGUCUUUGAGAUAAUCGGACACAUAAUCGAGCGCUGCCGUCUCGACAACGGUUAUGAUGCCCGGUGUGCUUACGGUAUAGAUGUCGGCUCCGACCAGGUCAGCGUCGGUGAUGAACACGAACUUGAGUCUGAUGACGAGGAUACGUUCGACUAUGAUGCGUUCGACCAAAACAUCAACGGCGAGGACGAUUUCUUCUUGCCCUACGAUGUUUAG